AGCCAGCUUGAAUGACACUAUAUAAAGACCUGUGCACUUCCAGAUCUAUUAGAGUCUAGUGUCAGAAGGGAGUCUAAUCUUUAUCAGAGCUGACCUGUGUACAAGAGACAGCAAUAUAAAACAAUAUGAAUCCAGCCAAGCUUAGAAGUCGGGCAGAAAAUCAGUUCAAGGCUCAGGAGGAACAAGAAAUGGAUAAUUUAGGGAAAAAAGCUUGGGAUAAUCCAGCCUAUGAUGGCUCUCCGUCUCCAAAGAUCAAAGCCAUAUACAACCCCAAAACUGUUUUGGAAAAUCCAUAUGACAGUAUGGACCAUUUUGGAGACCCGCCACCUUACCAGAAAGAGAGGAGUAAGAGAAGAAACCUGUGCUCCGAAUGUUGUUCCCACAUUGUCCGGGGGAUUAGAGGACUUUGGGGAACAACUCUAACUGAAGAUACAGCGGAAAAUCGAGAGCUAUUUGUGAAAACCACACUAAGGGAAUUGCUUGUCUAUAUUAUCUUCUUGGUGGACAUCUGUCUCUUGACAUAUGGGAUGACGAGCUCUAACACUUACUAUUACACAAAUGUGAUGUCCACACUUUUCCUGUCCACGCCGUCAUCUGAUACUGGAGUUACGUUCCAGACUAUUGGCAGCAUGAGUGAUUUUUGGUCGUAUUCACAGGGACCAUUACUAGAUGGCCUUUAUUGGACCAAAUGGUACAACAACGCAUCCUUAGACCACACUCCAAAUUCAUUCAUUUACUAUGAGAACCUGCUGCUUGGAGUCCCACGCAUGCGACAGCUGAAGGUAGAGAAUAAUUCUUGUGUUGUACAUAAGGACUUUAGAGAAGACAUCUCGGGUUGUUACGAUGUAUAUUCUAAGGAUGAAGAGGACAAAAAUCCAUUUGGACUGGUGAACGGGACAGCGUGGACAUAUCAUACAGAGGAUGAACUAGGAGGGUCGUCACACUGGGGGAAAAUAGCGACCUACAGUGGGGGAGGUUAUUAUUUAGAUUUUGAUUUGACUAAACAAGACACACUAAGUGGCCUGCAAACCUUGAAAAGUAACCUUUGGCUGGAUAGAGGAACUCGUGUGGUCUUCAUUGAUUUUUCAGUGUAUAAUGCCAACAUCAACCUAUUUUGUGUUUUAAGGCUUGUAGUGGAAUUCCCAGCAACCGGCGGCGCAAUCCCAUCAUGGCAGAUCCGUACAGUCAAGCUCAUUCGAUAUGUCAGCAACUGGGAUUAUUUCAUUAUUGCCUGUGAAAUUAUCUUCUGUGUUUUCAUCUUUUACUACAUGGUGGAGGAAAUUCUGGAGCUGAGAAUACACAGAUUCAAAUAUUUCACAAGUAUCUGGAACAUUUUAGAUCUUGUGGUUAUAAUGCUUUCUCUUGUAGCCAUUGCAUUCCAUAUCUUUCGAACCCUGGAGGUGAACCGGCUUAUGGGAACCCUACUGGAACAGCCCAACAAAUACGCAGACUUUGAGUUUUUGGCUUUUUGGCAAACACAAUACAACAACAUGAAUGCUGUGAAUCUUUUCUUUGCAUGGAUAAAAAUCUUCAAAUACAUUAGCUUCAAUAAGACAAUGACGCAACUUUCAUCUACUCUUGCUCGUUGUGCAAAGGAUAUCCUGGGCUUUGCAAUCAUGUUCUUCAUAGUGUUUUUUGCCUAUGCUCAGCUAGGAUAUCUUCUUUUUGGAACCCAAGUGGAAAACUUUAGCACAUUUGUAAAGUGCAUAUUCACCCAGUUUAGAAUCAUCUUAGGAGAUUUUGACUAUGAUGCCAUUGACAAUGCCAACAGAAUUCUGGGACCUAUUUAUUUUGUUACCUACGUUUUCUUUGUCUUCUUCGUAUUGUUGAACAUGUUUUUGGCCAUCAUCAAUGACACAUAUUCGGAAGUGAAAGAAGAGCUUUCACAUCAGAAGAAUGAGCUACAGUUUUCUGACAUCUUAAAGCAGGGUUAUAGGAAGACAUUAAUGAAGCUGAAACUAAAGAAAGAGCGCAUUUCAGAUGUACAGAAAGCUCUGCAGAAUGGCUCCAAGGAAAUGGCAUUUGAAGAAUUCAAAAAUAAUCUAAAAGAGAUGGGACAUGAUGACCAUGAGAUUACAGACGCUUUUUCUAGAUUUGACCAGGAUGGUAACCGGAUCUUAGAUGAAGAAGAACAGAAGAGAAUGAGAACUCUCCUUGAGGAAAGAAGGCUGGCUCUGAAUGCGGAGAUUGAGAAUUUAGGAAGGUCAUAUGGGAGCAAGGAUUUGGACGAAGUGGUGAAAUUAUCAGAUAUGAAGAACAACCUUUCCACUAAGCCCAACUGGGUUUCACAAGAAGAAUUUACAGUAUUUCUGAGAAGACUCCAGCAACUUGAAAUGUCCAUUAAUGGAAUAAUGCUAAAAGUAGAAACCGUGGAGAUAAAACUGGAGACAAUGGAAACAAACAAGAUGAAGCAGACAAACCUUGUGGACAAUCUACCAAACAAUAUUGCAAAGGAGAAACAGUUAAGCCAGGAAGAAAUUCGCCAACGCAACUUAGGCCAGCUAGUAAAAGAGGAGAAGGAGAACUGGGACUCUGAGUAUAAACCCAGGAACACCAUGGAACAGUCCUACAGAAACAGCAACGCAUUCUAUCCACAUAUGACCGGCUCACAGAACUCCUUAAACUUCACUUAGACUCAAUGUCAUUCGUAUUGUGGUUGUGUGUUUGAUUACAAUCCUGUUACCUCUAAAUUAGUAAUAGACAGGGGGAAAAAAGUUUGUACCUACUUAAUGUACAGUAACUGUCUGUUUAAUGUUGCAGUUAAAUAUAGUGCUAUCGGAAAACACUGAGAUGGACCUGUUUAAAAAUCGAUCUCAAACUUUAAAAUGACAUUAAGUGAAAUGGAACUGCACAAUGCUCUCUGCAGAUCAGCAAAGGGUAAAUAAUCAGAACAAAGAUUUUAGCACCUUACUUUCUAUGGAGAAAUAAAAAAACAUUGUUAAAACAAAAACUCCAAUACAUACUGAAGUAUGUAAAUUGAAACCAACACACAAAAAACAUAUUUAUAGCGCCAACAUGUACUGUAGUAACGUACACAGUUCUAGUCAGGCACAUUGGUUAUAACUACAGUGCAGUGAUGCUUGUGCUUCCUCGCUGUCACACAAAAUGCUCAGUGGGAAUGAGAACUAUAGCUAUUAUUGAAAAACCUUAAAGACUUGUAACUUCUGAAAAGCUGUGUACACACUAGAGCUACGUGUGUACCAGUGACGGUGUGGCGCGAUGUAACAAUACAUUGCACCGCUGUACACACUGCACACUCUGGUGUACAACGGCGCAACGUAUCCUUACAGCAUGCAUGUAAUUGCAUGCCUCCAUUCACUGCAUCAUCUGAUGUGCAACACGAGAUGGGAAGAUGCGAUGAAUGACAGCCUUGAAUGCUCAGUCACUGGUCACAUACUAUGUGAUGCAUACCAUAUAUGGUCCGGAUCAGUGUCAGAAUGGUAUAUUGCUUAGUGUGUACCCAUUACCUGUAUAGAUUGGUACUGUACGAUUUAAAAAACAAACUUGCAACCAAGGAGGGUACUCUACUAUGUUAGUAUCUUUAGUUCACUUCUGCAACUGUACAAGCUUUAGUACACAUGUUGAUCUGUCCGGCUUAGUUAGAUUGCACAUCAAUAUUGAUCUAAACCGAUGCUGUGACUGUAUUGCAGUGUUACUCAGCUAGUCCUUAGUGAAGCCUAACAGUGUAUGUUCUUCCAGGGUUUCUCACAAUCACAAGUGAAAUAACUGGGAUGCAGUUAACAUACCGGCUGUCAGGAUCCCGGCGAUCAGUAGACACCGGAAUCCCAACUGUAGGUGAAAUGCCGACAGACGGAAUCCAGAACACAGGUUACAUUCCCACUUAGUUGGUGGGUCCACGUCAUCAACAGAGUGGGAAUAUAAUCUGUGGCAAGAAAAGCAAGCCACGGCACCCGUAGCGUGGCGAGCCCUCUAUUCCAGCAUACGGGAUGCCGCUGUCGGUAUAGUGAUAGCCGGAAUCCCGUCUGCCGGUCAAACAUAUGUAUUCCAAAAUAACAAGCACCAGCUGUAAAUAUUUUAAAAUGUGUCAGUCAGCAAUGAAUACACCUGUGUGCCAGCAUGGAAUUUGGAAACAAGCUCUUUUAGGGUUCCUGAUGGACUGGUGUUGGGAAACACUGGUGUUUAUACAUUGCAAAG